AUGCCCACAUUUACGGCUAGAAACCAACCACCUGAACAUGAACCAACAAUAAGAGAAAUACAGGCAGAAAUACAUCAGGAUUGGUUAGACUCAGGUGGAGAAUUCCGAUCAACAAUGAGAUUUAGAGAAUAUUUAGACUUCAGAAUGAAACAUAGGCCAAGAGGACAGAGGGGAAAUAACAAUGAAUUACAAAGAAAAAUUGGAAAAAUGUCCAUUCCUUAUUUUGAUGGUUCAGGUAAGACAACUGCUCGGGCUUGGGUGCAAAAAUUAGAUACAUACUUCCAAUUAAAUCUCAUGUUGGAAGAAGAGGCAAUUAAAUAUGUUUCGUUACAUCUUGACGAUGUAGCACAUGAAUGGUGGCAUCACGAACAAAUUACCUUAGGUCAUCAUUUGAUAGGCACUUAUGUCGAGUUCACUGAGAAACUUAUUGAUAGGUUUGAUUCUAAAGAUCCUGAAUUACAUCUUAAGGAUUUGACUCAACUUAAGCAAACCGGAGCUGUUGAACAAUAUAUAUCUGAAUUUGAAAAAUUGGCUAUCUUAGUUACUGAAAUUUCUGAAAGACACAAGAUUGUGAUAUUUAUAGAUGGAUUGUCUGAUUCCCUUAAAGGGUGGGUUAAAUCCUUAAACCCUCCUACUUUACAAACAGCUAUCAAAAGAGCAAGAGAAUUGGAACCAUCUUCAAAAGGAAAACUUUUUAACAAAGGACCAUCUCCUAAACCGGAAAAAGACAAACAACCUUUCAACAAAGAUGAUUUCCCUAAAAACAAGCUAGAUAAAGAGGACAGAGAAGAGCUUAGAAGGAAAAAACUAUGUUUCAGUUGUAGAGAAGCAUGGCAGCCUGGACACAGAUGUUUAGGGAAAGGGAAAAUUCAUUAUAUUGAGGUUAUGUCUGACAGUGAGGAUGACGAGAAUGCUGAUCCUAACAUAGAACGAGCACCUCAGAACACUGAAACAGAAACAGAUGCAGCACUUGUGGAAAAACGUGGGUUGCAUACAGAAAAACAUGAAGGAUUUGAUGUUAGAGUAGCAGACUUUAAAAGAAUGGAAUUCUCUUUUAAAAUUGAUGAUAAGAAGGUAGUCCUUCGUGGUAUGUCUAACAGUGGGCCCAGGAUCAUCAGUGCCAAAAGAAUGGAAGCUAUUUUCAGACAUGGAGAUGUGGCAUGGUCAGCACAACGUUUGGUUUCCAACAAGGUAUCAGGUUUUGAAUCUAAAUCUUAUCAAGCUGAUUUGUUAACAGUAUUGGAUUCACAUCAUUUGGUUUUUAAUGAUAUUCCUCCAGGAGUCCCACCGGAUAGAGGUUUUGAACACACUAUUGAAUUAGAAGAAGUGCAACAAGGGUACCAUAUGAUCAGUGCAACAGGGGUACACGUUCAUCAAGAAAAGAUAAAAGCCAUUUUGGAUUGGCCACCACCUCAAAACCUUACGGAGCUAAGGGGAUUCUUUGGGUUAUGCAUUUAUUACAGAAGGUUUGUCAAAGGCUUUUCACAACUUGGGGCACCCUUGACAGAUCUUACCAAAAAGGGAGCAUUCAAAUGGACUGAGGAAGCUCAACAGGUAUUUGAGAAGCUUAAAGAGUAUUUGGUUGGGAGCAGAUUUGUGGUGAAAACUGACCAUAAUAGUCUAAGAUAUUUCUUGGGUCAAAAAGAUUUAAAUGACGGGCAACAGAAGUGGAUCAGUAAAAUUCAAGCUUACGACUUUGAGAUUGAAUAUGUAAAAGGUAAAAAUAAUGUGGUAGCCGAUGCUUUAUCUAAAAGGCCUGAAAUCAAUGCUUUAUCUGUUGUAACAGCUGAUUGGAAAUGUUUAUUGUUGGUCAAGUAUUCAAAAGAUUCUUUUGCAUGUGAAUUGCUAGAUGGUAAUAUACAGGAUGAUAAAUAUAAAAUUGUUAAUGAUAUUAUCUAUUACAAGGACAGGAUUUAUUUAACUCCAGGAUCGAAGUUGAAAGAAAAAAUCCUUCAAUCUAUGCAUGACAUUUCUCUAGCAGGGCAUCCAGGAUACUUCAAAACGUAUCGUCAGGUAAGGGAAAGGUUCACUUGGAAAGGUUUAAAAAAUGAUGUCCUACGCUAUGUCAAGGAAUGCACCACUUGUCAGCAAAAUAAAGCAGAACAAACGCAUCCUGUCGAAUUUACAGCAGUACAGAUUGUAGAGUUAUUCUUCAGAGAGGUUUUCCGAUUACAUGGCUUACCGAAGAAUAUUAUUAGUGAUAGAGAUAGCAGAUUUUUUAGCAUAUUUUGUGGGGAGCUUUUCAGAUUGACAGGUACAGAGUUGAAUCAUAGCACCAGCUAUCAUCCGCAAACCGAUGGGCAGACGGAAAUAGUGAAUAAAUGGAUUGAAGGUUAUCUUCGUAACUAUGUAGCCGGACAUUAG